AUGCUUAGGUUUGUGCCCACACUGUGCACACAUUCCAAGUACAAGGACAGGUACUUCCAGGGUACCGAUGACGAGUAUCACAGCCUGAUGAAAAAAACAGCCACAAUUUAUGUGGGAAACCUCUCCUUUUACACCACAGAGGAACAAAUCUACGAGGUUUUCUCCAAGGCCGGCAAAAUCAAGCGCAUCAUCAUGGGGUUGGAUCGGGUCACCAAGACCCCGUGCGGAUUCUGCUUUGUCGAGUAUUGGCUCCACAAGAGCGCCCUUGCUUGCGUCAAGUACAUAAAUGGCUCCAUGGUCGACGAGCGAGUCAUCCGCGCAGACUUGGAUCCGGGCUUCCGCGAGUCGCGCCAGUAUGGCCGCGGAAAGAGCGGAGGUCAGGUGCGGGACGAAUACAGAGAAGACUACGACCCCGGCCGCGGCGGAUGGGGCAAAGUGGUCCGCGAUUGA